UUUGAUCCACGAGUAUAGCAGUCAAGGAUAUGUACAAUUUAUUUUUGGUCUCUGGUCGUGAGAGCACGCAGCAGUCAUGGCAACGAUCUGACCCGCGGCGAACUUAGAAAGUCGGGUGGAAUUCAAGGCGAAGGUUGGCUGUCUCGCGUGAGCGAGAAGAUACCAACAAAAACUAAUAUAAACAGCAUACGAGAGACAGUAACACGCCAGCCAGGAAGCUUGUCCAGGUUCCUCUUAGAUAUAUCGGACAUUCCUGACAACAUCAGAAAUUUACGAGCUCUACAGGUGGCAGAUUUCAGCAGCAAUCCGAUACCACGACUUCCCGCGGGGUUGGUGAAGCUGAGAAACCUUACAGUACUCGGCCUCAAUGAUAUGUCACUUACUAGUUUACCGCCAGAUUUUGGAAGCUUGGAAGCUUUACAGUCGCUUGAAUUGAGAGAGAAUUUACUUAAAAAUUUACCCGAGUCUUUUUCGCAGUUGAGUAAACUUGAAAGAUUAGAUUUGGGUGACAAUGAAAUUGAAGAAUUGCCAACAUAUCUGGGACAACUACCGGCUCUUCAAGAAUUAUGGUUGGACCAAAAUCAAUUACAACACUUGCCACCAGAAAUUGGUCAAUUGAAAACUCUCGCGUGCCUUGACGUCUCGGAAAACCGCUUAGAAGAUCUGCCUGAAGAAAUAAGUGGCCUUGAGUCAUUAACCGAUUUGCAUUUGUCGCAAAAUGUUAUCGAAAAUUUGCCCGACGGUAUUGGGGAGCUUAAAAAAUUGACGAUUUUGAAGGUCGACCAAAAUAGAUUGACAAGCCUGAAUCCAAAUAUUGGAAAAUGCGAGAGUUUACAGGAGCUGAUAUUGACCGAAAAUUUUCUAUAUAGUUUGCCAUCUUCAAUUGGUAACCUUCAUAAUUUAAAUAAUAUAAAUGUCGAUCGUAAUAGCUUGCAGUACUUGCCAGCGGAAAUUGGAAACCUUAAAAAUUUAGGUGUAUUAUCACUUCGUGAAAAUAAACUACAGUAUUUACCUAAUGAAGUUGGACAGUGUACAGCUCUGCACGUACUUGAUGUAUCGAAAAAUAGAUUGCAGUUCUUGCCGUACUCGUUAAUUUAUUUGAAUUUAAAAGCAGUUUGGCUGAGUGAAAAUCAAGCUCAGCCAAUGUUGACUUUCCAAACAGACAUUGAUGAGGAUACUGGCCAGGAAGUGCUUACUUGUUUCCUUUUGCCUCAGCUUGAAAACAAUGCCGGAGGCUUACAAGAUGGAGGACCCUUAAAUAUGAUAGCAGGAAUGAGAAAUGCGGUUCAAAAUAAUGAGAUGAGGGAGUUAGCCAGCAGUGACGAUGAAAAUUGGCAAGAAAAGGAAGCGUCGAGGACACACUCGGUUAAAUUCACUGAUGACGGCCCAGAGGCCAACAAGGAGACACCAUUUGUACGGCAAAAUACUCCUCACCCGAAGGAAUUAAAAGCUAAAGCCCACAAGCUCUUUAGCAAGGGGAAAAAUGACAGUAGAUCGGGCUCGACAGACGAGCAGGAUGUCUCUCAAACAUUUGGCCUCGACAAAACCGAUGUAGACGCGUCUCACCCUAAUGAAGAAGAGCAAGUAGAAGCUUCUUCUCAACCUGUCACAACCACUAGUACCACCGCAGAACUUGAUGAGAGUGCACUAUCGAAUCAAGUUGAAGCUGCUGUGUCAGAACCGGCAAACGAUAACUCUGUUACUCAAAUUGAUGAACGUGAAAUCCAUCAUCAAUCAUCCGAACAAUUAUCUCCAGAUGCUGUUGAUGUCGAGGUUUCGGUGUCAGAAGUAUCGGCUAAGGGUAGGCAGGAGGGUGGUGAGGAUGAGUCCUCCGAGGGUGAUGAUGAUGAUAUGUCACAGAGACGUGUUGAAUUUACAAUAUCGGAAGACCCGGAUUAUGAGGGUGGGGUUAAUACGGGAAAGCCAAACAGGCUGCACCGACGUGAUACUCCGCAUCAUCUGAAAAACAAGCGAAUACACCCUACGAUUGACAAGGAUAAAGUCGCUUCCAUCAUCGCACAGGCUAUGAUGAAGAAAAGUGACGAGACGUCCGUAUCAACAAGUCUUCCAACCGAGUCUGCCGACAAUUACGACAUUCAUAGUCAAGGAGCAACGUCAGACGCGGAACCGUCGUUAGAAGUACGAGAGGAGCAGUAUGAGAUUCAUAUUGAGAGAACAACAGCUGGUCUGGGUUUGUCGAUUGCAGGUGGUAUUGGUUCGAUACCAUUCAAAGGAGAGGAUGAGGGGAUAUUCAUUUCCAGAGUAACUGAAGGUGGUCCAGCCGAUCUGGCCGGGUUGAAGGUUGGAGACAAAGUUAUUUCGGUAAAUGGGGUUUCAAUGGUCAACGUAGAUCACUACGACGCAGUUGAAGUUCUAAAAGCUUGUGGAAGAGUCCUUGUACUUGUUAUAAUAAGAGAGGUCACGCGAAUAGUACCACCAUCUGAACAGCUGUCAACGCGAAAAGAUUCAGUCUGCUCAAGUCUGAGUACCAGUCGUGCUCCAAGUGCUACAUCCUAUGUAUCGUCGACUGCACUGUCCCAUAAUCUCGAAAACGGAGAUACUAGUUUACCCCGUGAUUACGUCAAAACCAAGAAAAUUCCCGAGCCUUUGCCGACAAUGAGCAAUGAUGAGACAUUAGUACCGGUGCUUGUACACACAACAUUAAUACGCGAUCAAAAUGGUCUUGGGUUUAGUAUUGCGGGUGGAAAAGGUUCAGCGCCUUUCAAAGACAAUACCGAUGCUAUAUUUAUCUCGAAAAUAACCGACGGCGGUGUUGCACAGAAAGACGCUAAACACGAGCAAGCUGUAACAUUGCUAACCGGUCUUGAUAGGUUCGUCAGGCUAGUGGUCGAACGAGAGAUACCUCGUUCUCAGGCGAGCUCACUGAUGCAAGUAACCCCUUCGGAAAAAUCUCCGCGAUUGAUCGGCGCAUCUACACCGCGUCCCUACACCGGGCUUUAUAAUGCAAAUAGUUACAUAGCAAAUCGACCUGGUUACGCCGGCUACCGACGUUCUAUCGACGCAGAUAAAACACUCUCCCCGAGUCCAACGGCAAGAACACCGCCUCCUCCGCCGCCGGCGCCACUCGCGUUGGCUAAAGAACAACAACAACCUGUCAACGGCAUUGCCAAGAUGAACGGCGUAAGCGACAGUUCUGCGGCUGGCAAAGUUAUCAGUCCAAGUGCUGUGAAUCCACCUCAGCCUGCGCCACGACAAACUUUACCAACUCCAUCGUCGCAGCCUCAACAAGUCCAACCUCAGCAGCAACAACAUCAACAGCAACCAAAUCGGCAGUCUGGUGCUACAACUCCGAGUCAGCCAGAACCAACUAGACCGACUUCGCCUCAGGAAGACAUACAGGUACCGAAGCCAAUCACCAACGAGGAAUUUCAGGCCAUGAUUCCCGCUCACUUCCUACGACCUCCGACUUCCUCGCCCUCGCCAGACUCCCAGCAGGGUCCAGUCGUUACAGUGACUAUCAAGCAGCCUGAUAACUUACCUGGAGACGUUAACUUCCCUCCGGCGCCCACUACACUUGCUAGACUAGACGCUACAACUCACCAAUUCCAAUCCUCUCUAUUAAUCCUUCAUCGUUGGCCAUCUCGUCCUCAGUAUCUGGAUUUAACUCAAGACGUUGUACUGAUGAAGGAAGGAUCUCUCGGCUUUAGUAUCAUUGGUGGUACCGAUCACUCCUGCACGCCAUUUGGCGCUAAAGAGCCUGGUAUUUUUAUAUCACAUGUUGUACCUGGAGGAAUAGCUGCUAAAUCUGGUAAACUUCGAAUGGGUGACAGGAUAUUAAAAGUUAAUGGUACCGAUGUAACUAAAGCCACGCAUCAGGAAGCUGUUAUGGAGUUAUUAAGGCCUGGUGAAUCAAUUGUUUUGACAGUCCAGCAUGACCCAUUGCCAGAAAAUUACCAGGAACUUGUGAUAGUAAAAGAGCCUGGUGAAAAAUUAGGCAUGCAUAUAAAAGGAGGACUCCGUGGUCAGCGUGGAAAUCCACUAGACCAUACCGACGAAGGUGUAUUUAUUUCAAAAAUAAAUUCCGGCGGUGCAGCUAAGCGUGACGGAAGAUUGAAGGUGGGAAUGAGAUUACUGGAAGUAAAUGGUACGUCAUUACUGGGAGCUACUCACCAAGAAGCGGUUAAUAUUCUUCGCUGCUCUGGUAAUACGAUAACUCUUGUUGUAUGCAAGGGUUACGACAAAAACGAAGUCGAGCACUUGUUGACGCUCUCCGGAAGAGAGUCUAAAGAAUCACGAAGAUCUCAAGAUUUAAAAGAUACAUCCCCUACUGAGGGAUUAAAGUCUUUGUCUCAGAGUGUCUCGAGUUUGGAUCGCGAUGACGAGGAGGCCGCAACAUUAAGACAAGAACAGGAAAUGAAAGAAGAGCUUGUCGCUUGGGAACAAGAAGAACGCGAACGAGCGUUAAUUGAGCACAGAGAAAAAUCAACUCCUGAAAAAGUAAUGGAUGUAGUAAGGGCGGCUGAAUCGUUAGUUAAUAAACCAAAUAGUCCAGUUGACACACCUGUCCCACCAAAAUCACCUGGUGGAACAAAAGAUCUCAAAACCACUACUAUUGUCAUGAGUAAACACACAUUGGCACCGCAGAAUCCCACUGCAUUACAGUCAAAAUUAAAAGAAGAAUACGGUACAUCUGUGGAUGAUCCUGUAGGAACAUCAGUAGACCAACCAGUAACUACUUGUACUUCUACUACUGCCUCUACCAAGUCACAACCCCAUGCAUCAACGACCAAUUUAGACCACCAUUCACAAUCUAAAUCUCAAUCUCAAUCUCAAUCCCAUACACUUCCUCCUAAAAAGAGUCAGCAAAACGCUAAAAAAAGUAUUACCUUCGCGACUCUACCCUCUCCUUACAAAUCAACUCAGUGUAUAACAACUCCUAUUGUUAACUCAAUGCCUGCCAAAGAUAACCGUCCAAUUUCAAUGCACGAAAUAUCUAGUUACUAUCCAGCCACUGAUUUUUAUAAAAAAAAUAUAUCUAACAUUGAUAAUGAUAACAACAUUAAAUCACCGCGUUUUCAACUUCCUCCGACGCCACUGACAACUCCUGUGGCUCGUUUUAAGGAUUAUGGGUCUAAGAGUAUCACCACCUCACUUAACGACUUACAGAUUGCACGUUCUGUUGAUGGAAAAAAUUAUAAGGUUGAGCCUUCACCAACACCUUCACCAACACCAGCUAAAAUGUCUGUAAGUGAUCGGAAAAGAUUAUUUGAGUCUGCUGUUGAAGAACAUCUUAAACCAUCUCCUAAACCAGAAAAAUUGAAACAAGAAGAGGAGAGAAAAAUCGCAACCCUCACACGAGAUGAGUUAAAAUCAUGGGCUCAGAUGGAUAUGGAAGGCAUGGAAGAGCCUGAAGAAAUAAUCGAAGAACAGGAUAAUAGAAGACCUAAUAGCCGAUUGAGCUCGCGAAGCUCGUUACCUUCCCUUCAAGGGUAUCCGAGUGUCGUAAGAACAGCCAAGGCUGAACGUCGUUUGAAAGAAAAGUUGAAAGAGGAGGGAUUGAUCUCAGAUGAAGAUGAAGAAAGUCAUUUAAGUCCUGCAGAACAACGUGCGUUGCGUGCGGAAAAAAGAGCUGCUUGGAGACAUGCUCGUCUUAAAUCUUCUACAAAAUCCGAAGUAUUGAAUUCAAGUCAAGUGGAUCCACCUCAACCAGAAAAAAUAGCAGAGUUUGGUACAUUAAGGCCGUCUAGCGCGGAUUUUCCAAAACUUGCCGUACGCAGCAAGGUGGGUCCGCCAAAAGCCGUCCGCGAAUCUGAAAAAAUAGUGGACGAAAAGGUAACUCGGCGUACUGAGGAGUAUGUGGACGAAGUCACUGGCGAGCGUCGCGUCCGAACAGUCGAAUACGUCGAGAAGCUCAUUGAGCGCGAGGUCGAAACACUGAGAGAAAAAAUCAUAUCGCUGGAGUUGAGCAACGCAGAGGAAGAAGUUGAUACCGGAAAGCUUGGAGGGGACAGUGAACCAGAAAGCGAAAGUGAAGAUUUUACUGGGCAAGAUCUUUCAACUAGUGUCGCAGUCGAGAGUUCAGACUCGUUUAUUUGUACGAGCCCGACGACGGAAACUGUACCGAGUAUCGGGAAAAACGCGGGUCCAAAUAAUUCAUCUGUAGCAAAAAAGAAAAAGCGAAAGCGCUCGAAAAAAGGACGGAAUUAA